CGUAACAAAGCAAUGAAAUUGAUGAAGUAGAUGUGUUAAAAACAUUCUGAGCAAGCCCAAUGGAUGAGCUACCAGAUGUCAUUCUUCUUAAGAUAUUCUCAUUUUUACCAAUAGCUGACCUCGGUCGAGCGUCCAGGGUAUGCUACCAGUGGCAAAGAAUUGCGUACGAUCACAGCCUAUGGAAAGCUGUAAAUCUGAGAAGAGUUGCCAAUAACAUGAGUGAAGAGUUACUACAGAGUCUCAUCAGGACAAGGAUGUCGCCUCUCCUCUCUACGUUACAUUUCGGAGGAUGUAAAGUUUCUCAUGACGUGUUCAUGGAGCUGGCGCGAAAAUGUAAGCGCAUCAAACACUUAGUUUUUGGACGUGGCUCAAAGCUUAGAGGAUCCUGCAUGAAGCGCCCUGCAACAUACGAUUUUCCAUCCGAAUUGGAGCUUUUGGAGUUGCGACCUGUCAAAGGGGACUUUAGCUUCAUCAGAAGAAUUAGUAGGCAUUUUUGUUCAUUAAAAUACCUUGGCAUCGGCGUCAUGACAUCCAAAGGGAACGUCCCGCACAUAUUCACAAAGCUCAACAACCUUGUAAUUCUAGACUGCACAAACUGUGAUACAAUAACUGAUGACGUUCUUUCUAAAGUUGCUCAAAACUGUUCUCUGUUAGAAUCUGUGUGUUUGAAUGGAUGUAAAAUGGUUUACGGGUCGACUUUCUCGGAGUUUUUAUCUUGCUGUCCACGCCUCAAAACAUUACUUCUCCGGUACACGCCCAUCCGGGAUGAGUGCUUCAGUUUUCGUGCAUGGAAUAACGUCCAGCUUCAGGAGAUUGACAUUUCAGCAUGUGCGCAGCUCACACAGAUUGGACUUUGUAAUUUAGUGAGUCGCAUGAGAAGUAUAAGAUACCUUAAUUUAUCGUACUGCGGUGUGGGUCGAGCGGUUACUGAUGCAGUUCUUCUUGAAAUGGCGUCCAGGCGUAACUGUUCCAACCUUGAGAUGUUAGAUGUACGUUGGAGUUUAACGCUUACUCCUGAUGCUCUGUUCGCCUUAGCGCAAGCAUCACCAAAACUGAAGUGUCUAGGGGUCUACCAGUCAUCAAAUAUCUCCCCAGCUGCCAUGGCCGAAGUACUUAUAGCACUGCCACGCCUAGAGACCUUGGAGUACGGCGCGUUUGGUAAAGCUGCUUUGUCUGACUCGAUGUUUAUUCCAAACUUGAUACGCUAUUGCAAGGUCAUCAAGUCGUUGUCUCUGAUAAACUUUGCCUCAGUUGACGCUAAUAGUGAUACAAUAGUAUUAAAUGCACUAUCAGAAGGCUGCGCGGUGAUACGGAGAAUCAACCUGUGUGAGCCUGAUCCUUCACUGCUCGGUUUGAUUCAAAGAGUGACGGACUUCACAAGAUCAAAGAUCACACAGAAAUGGCAGUGUGUGCUGCCUCCCCCUGUGCAUACACUGGAUACAAUUAUUGCUUCUUUACGCUACAGUCAUCCUUUGCAGUGACAUUUUGUUGUUGACAAUACUUGGAAUACUUGUUUUUAGAAUAAUAAAAUGAU